AUGCGUAGAAACACUUAUGUAUUGGAGAAAUCUAGUUUUGAGGAUUUAGAACCGGAUUCCACCUCCAAACAAUAUAACAGCUUGCAAUUACCAGAUUCCGUAAAGAAGUUCGUUGCAAAAAAGACAUCUUUGUCCGACACAGAUAUUCUCAACUUAGCUGAUACACCGUUACGCCACAAGCGCCGCAGAUGUAAGAAACUAAAAGUGGACAUUCAGAAAGCAAGUCAGUCGAUGAACCAGCUCGAUCUUAAUAUUGAGAACACGCCGAAACAUGUCCUACUAGAAAGCAAAACUUCAGACAGCUUCAGCGAUAGAUUCAAAGGCUUUGAUUUUAACAAAUCCUUUGAUAUCUAUGAUGAGAUAUCUGACAUUGCUUCUUCUAUUGAAGAGGAGGAAUUGGUUGAUUCUCUCUCCGAGCGCUCCAGCACUCCUAAGUCCCCCAGAUUGUGUAGAAAAGUCAGGCCAGCCAGUGAUGACAGUCACAUACCAUCGACAACACCCGAAUCAUUUGCUGAUGUUGAGCUGGAUAAAAAUGAAGAACAAAGAAUGGAAUUGCUUUUAAAUUAUCAAAUGAAACUAGAGAAAUUAGACUGCUUUCUUAAGAAGAUAUUCAAUGAAUUCCAAUUUCAUAUUGAAGUGUCUAAAGUCUUUCAGUCUCGGUCAGUUGUAACUGCACUCCCCGGCUCCGAUUUCAGCAGCAUUCCCAAGCAACUUGGGGAUGUUGUUGUUGAUAGUGUCGAUUUGCAGAGCUUGAAUUCAUCCGGCUGCUGGAACAUCAUUAUGGAAAAAGAGGAUUACCAAACAAAAGCUAAAGUUCGCAAACAACUCUUGUCUAUUAAAACCUCUAUAGAAGGUUUUGUCCAUUCCCAUCUCAAUAAUAGUGUUACCAACAAAUAUGUGCUAAAGAGGGAACCCCACAAACGUUACAAGAAAAAGCAAAAGUAUUAUGAUUUCCCCGAUUUCCGUGAUGCGUUUUUGAACCUUUUCUCGGGAGAAACUUAUGAAGAUACUAACUGUGCUUGCACAUGUCAUUCCCAGGCCGACUCUGGUCUGACAAGCAAAACACCAGAACAUUCCACCUCAAUAUCGUCAUCUAUUGGCAACUUUAGCUUAGACACAUCAAAAUUGACUGCAUACUCGGAAUCUUUGGAUCAAGUGAUCAGCUAUAACAGUUUUCAGGAUUCUCUAUCAAGCAUGUUGCUGCAAAAGGCUACUAUUGAGAGAAUUACCUUUUACAUACAAGUACAUAGCAUUCAGUUGCAGUGCGCAAACUUUGAAGUGAAGAAUUCUAUAUUAUUCUACUGCCCCUCAUGUAAGACAUCAGAGAAUGAUGAAAAUGACUUACUGAAACACAUUCUAAGUCAGACACACUGUGAAAAAAUACAUUUUCUAUAUAAAACGGCUUAUAUAAAGAAAUGUGUAUCUAGUGGUAAGGAAAUACAACCAAGUACAGUGUUAAACCCCAUGACGAUGUAUAGGGAUGAUAAUAAAAUAGUCUGCUUCGGUGAUGCUCUGUACGCGUGUACUUUUUGUUUUGAAAAUUUGAUUGUUGGUGAGUCGGUUUUGAUGGCACAUUGUGCUGACCCCGAGCAUGUAGAACGGAGGGAGAAGUUCUUUGAAAUAAUCGAUUGA